AUGCGAUUCCUACGCUCUUUAAUUCCUUCUUUACUGCUGCUCGGUGCGGGCGUGGCAGAGGCAGCUACUUGGGGAUUUGACGAAGCUGUCAUCUCGGUCACUGGCAAGGGCGGUGCUGGCAGCGCAUUCAAGGACAAACUUUCUGAUCAUGUUCCUCUUGCAAAACCAGUUACAUUAGGCGCUUCCGAUUCGCUGAAGAUUGUCUUGUCGGCGACAGAAGAUGGAAAGGCGAAGAGACCACAUCAGGCAUUCCUCUUGCUCCGAGAUCAGGAUACGGGAUUAGAAGCCACAUUUACUUUUUCGGUGAAGGAGAAUGGCAAGGGAAAAGUUGACUUUACUCAAAAAGAUCUUCCCAUCCAACUCCUCACAUCCACCCAACCCCUCCGAGCUACCCUUCUUCUCGCAUCCUUCGGCACUACCCAGGGCUUCAGCAACCAUGUCUUUGACCUGGACGUCAAGUUAGACGCUAAUGUCCCUCUGCCAAAAUACGAGGCGCCCUUGAGAUACGGCCAACGAGAGGAGAUCCACCAUAUAUUCAAGGCAGACCCCAAGAGUGGACCAAAGAUCAUUUCCAUGUUCUUUGUCCUCGCAGUACUGGCUACUGUGCCAGUUCUCUUCGGAGCCUGGGCAUACCUUGGAGCCAACGUCAGCCACCUUUCCAAAGCCAUUGGGGCCGCACCGAUCUCGCACAGCUUGUUCUUUGGAUCAAUCUUGUCUAUGGAGGGCAUCUUUUUCCUCUACUACUACAACUGGACCUUGUUCCAGACAUUGCCAGCUGCGGGAGUGGUUGGCCUGGUAGCCUUCUUGAGUGGUAGCAAAGCCUUGUCUGAGGUUCAGAGCCGUCGUUUGGCGGGAGAAAGAUAG